GCAAGAGAAUGAUUCCACAAGCUCUUUCCUGAAUCUACAAGCAAUUACUCUUUACAGUCUUAAAAGAUAAAAAAGUACUUUAAACCCCACUUCAUGAUCUAAACUUCUUACUAUAAAUACAAGCACAAACCAACUAAACAUAUAUCAACCCAAAAGAAAUGAAGUUAUCCCACAACAAAAUAGUUCUCAUAGUCCCUUUAUAUUGCCUUUCACUAAUAGCUAUCCAAAUAGUCCCAAGUACCACUCAAAAACAUGCAUGCGACCAAAGUUUCUCACAAACGAACAAUUCACCAUUUUGCAACACUUCCUUAUCCUACGAGGCCAGAGCAAACGAUCUCGUUUCGCGUCUCACUCUCCAAGAGAAAGUCCAACAACUCGUGUCAGGAAGCUCUGGCAUAAGCCGGCUUGGCGUGCCAGCCUACGAGUGGUGGUCCGAGGCUCUUCAUGGUGUCUCCAACGUGGGACCGGGGACAAAGUUUAAUGGAACCAUCCCCGGUGCCACCAGCUUCCCAGCUGUCAUUUUGUCCGCAGCGACUUUUAAUGAGUCGCUGUGGUACAAAAUGGGACAAGUAGUGUCGACCGAGGCUCGAGCCAUGUACAAUACUGGCUUAGCUGGGUUGACUUACUGGAGUCCAAAUGUGAAUGUUUUCCGUGACCCUCGGUGGGGCCGCGGUCAAGAGACUCCUGGAGAGGACCCUCUUGUGGUAUCCAAGUAUGCGGUGAAUUAUGUUAAGGGUUUGCAAGAAGUGAGUGAUGAUGAAGGUGAUAAGCUUAAAGUCUCUAGUUGUUGCAAGCAUUAUACUGCUUAUGAUGUUGAUAAUUGGAAAGGUGUCGAUCGGUUUCACUUUGAUGCUAAGGUGACAAAACAGGAUUUGGAGGAUACAUAUCAGCCACCAUUCAAAAGUUGUGUGGAGGAAGGUCAUGUGAGUAGUGUAAUGUGUUCAUAUAACAGGGUUAAUGGGAUUCCCACCUGUGCUGAUCCAGACUUGCUCAAAGGAGUGAUUAGAGGCCAGUGGGGCCUAGAUGGAUAUAUUGUUUCAGAUUGUGACUCAGUAGAAGUGUAUUACAAUGCCAUACACUACACUUCAACACCUGAGGAUGCUGUUGCUCUUGCCUUGAAAGCAGGUUUAAACAUGAACUGUGGAGAUUAUCUAGGAAAAUACACAGCCAAUGCUGUUAAUCUAAGUAAAGUGGAAGAAUCUGUAGUAGAUCAAGCUUUGGUUUACAACUACAUAGUCCUUAUGAGACUUGGAUUUUUUGAUGGGAAUCCCAAAUUUCUCCCAUUUGGAAAACUUGGGCCUUCUGAUGUAUGUACUGAUGACCACAAGGCUUUGGCACUUGCUGCUGCAAAGCAGGGAAUAGUGUUGUUGGAUAACAAUGGUGUUCUACCUUUGUCUCGAAAGGGUACAAAGAGCUUGGCUGUUAUAGGGCCCAAUGCAAAUGCCACAACUGUUAUGAUAAGCAACUAUGCUGGCAUACCUUGUGGUUACACUAGCCCCUUGGAAGGGCUAAAGAAAUAUGUUCAAGAUUUGAGAUAUGAGCCAGGGUGUGUUAAUGUCAAAUGCAGCAACGAAAGCCUCAUUGAGGCAGCAGCCAAGGCGGCGGCUGCAACCGAUGCUUCGGUUGUGGUGGUGGGGCUUGAUCAAUCCAUUGAAGCAGAGGGACUAGAUAGAGAGAACUUGACAUUGCCCGGGUUUCAAGAGAUGCUUGUUAAGCAAGUGGCGAAUUCGACUAAUGGAACAGUUAUUCUGGUUGUUAUGUCAGCUGGUCCAAUUGAUGUUUCAUUUGCCAAGAAUUUGAGUAAAGUUGGGGGGAUUAUAUGGGUAGGUUAUCCUGGUCAAGCUGGAGGAGAUGCUAUAGCUCAAGUCAUAUUUGGAGACCACAACCCAGGUGGAAGGAGUCCUUUUACAUGGUACCCUCAAGAAUAUGCAGAUAAAGUAUCAAUGACAGACAUGAACAUGAGAGCCAACACCAGUAAUAACUUCCCUGGUAGAACUUACAGAUUCUACAAUGGAAAAACAAUUUAUGAGUUUGGUCAUGGCCUAAGCUAUUCAACAUUUGCCAAGUACAUUAUAAAGGCACCUUCCACUGUACUAAUCAAACCAAAAUCCACUUCCAAUCAAAACAACAUUCUUUGUCUAGCUUCCAACUCAUGUGCUCAACUGAAACAUGAAACCCUUAACGGGCAAGCUAUUGAUGUUUCAACCUUGAAUUGCCAGAACUCUACAUUUGACCUUGUUGUUGGCAUAAUGAACAGGGGACCAAAAGAUGGUUCUCAUGUUGUGCUGGUAUUUUGGAAGCCGGCAAGCUCGGUGGACUUGAGUGGAGCACCAAAUGUGCAGUUGGUGGCCUUUGAAAGAGUAUUUGUUAUGAAAGGAAAGAAUGAGUCUGUGACUGUGAAAGUUGAUGUGUGCAAAGUACUUAACCUUGUGGAUAGUAAAGGGGAGAGAAACUUGAUCAUUGGACAACACACUCUUAUUGUUGGCUCCCCAAGUGAACGCCAAGUUAAGCACCAUCUUAAUAAAAAUGCACCAAGAAAAAACAAGGCCUUGGAAACUAAUCUUGGUUCUCACCUUACUCAUUCAUGCUUGCCAAGUUUGCACAUACCACCUAUCGAAUUCUCCAUCACCUUCACCAGCCAACAACAUGAUGCCAAAAGAAAUGAGUCAUGGGAAGGGGAGAAGAGGGUCAUCUGUGAUUAAAUUAUGUAAGGCAAAAUGUAAUGAAUGUGAACCGUGCAUGCCUGUUGAAGUGUCAAUAAGGAGAAUGGGUUUGGAAGAGGAGUACUAUUACUAUCCACAGGUGUGGAAAUGCAUGUGUGGCCACACUCUAUUUUCUCCUUAACUAAUAACUUGAUUUUCUCUAUUGUUUAAUGCUAUUGUUCACUCAGUACAGAUGAGAAAACUUUGUCCCAUAUUGAUAGAGAGAAGAAAGUAGUGUAUUCAAAUAAUAUAUUAAUAAUGCUUCUAGACUUGUAUCUCAGUGUCUAGUCCUCCCAACGAAAUUCUAAAACUAAAUUCUACAAAUAAUAUAUUUUUCAAUUCUUGCAA